AUGGAACAUCUGAGCAAUGCGCCAGAUUAAAAGUACAGAACUAUCAAUUAAAUUUUAGAUAAAAAUAAGGGAAAGGUGGGUAUAGGAUAGUAAAUUACAGUCAAAUAUUUGUGGAGGUAAAGAUUAUAUUUUUAUCACUACUUCUCUUAAGGUCAUUUAAUAGAAACUGUUACUUACAGAAUAUGCCAAUCAAUUUAUUGCUUCAUAAAUUGAAAUCCUGAAAAAAUAUUUGAUUCACAUUUUGAUAAAUUGGUAGACAUAUUUUAAAGUUCUGUUUAUACUUAUGUCAUCACUUAAUUUUGCAAUCACGGAGAUCUAAGAGGAUUUCUAAAACCAUAAAGUACUAUAUCUUAAAUAAAUAGAAUGAUACCUGA